UUCUUCUCUGCUCUUUCAAAGAUGCUUUUGAUGCCCCAGGUUUUGUUCUCAGAACAAUGAUGGGUUCGAUAACCUUUGGGGCUGCUUUUUGAAGCCUCCUGGUUCUUGUCUUGGGCUGUGUUUUUGUUUUGCUAUGUAUUUACAGCUGAAAUAAGCAGAUCGGGUUUCUUGAGCAAGAAAACCCCAUCCUGGUCGGAGCAGCCCUGGCUGUUGGAUGCAAUAACACACAGAAGGUGUUUGGUCCCUAAUUGAUCUUUGACUUUCCUUUCUUAUGAAGUGGAAAUAAGAGGAAAAUGCCGCUGGUGAUGAGCUGCCGCACCCGGGGGUAGCUGGGAUUCUGGUUUCUAACCCCAAAUUCCAAUUUCUGGGUCGGGAUAUUGAUCUGUAAAAGACUUUUUAAGGCAGCAGUAAAUUUUUCCUGAAUAAGAGAUCUCUACAUAAAACUUUUGCCUCCUGGCAAAUCUUGUGUUACAAAUGUUGCUGUAGGUUUAAAGUGUUAAUUUAUGUGGCAUAUUGGGUUGGAUUUAAAGGUCCCUGAAGACCUUUGAAUCUCAGUAGCUAAUGAGGCUUGCAGAGAAGAGGUUGAGAGAGGCAAAUCUUACUGGCAGUGAGUAGUACUGGAGAAGGAGAUCCAGGAUUGUGCAAGUUUUGCAGAGAAAAAUUAGGAAUUAUCGCAUCGGCCUUUGAGUUGUUUGAUUAUUUCCAGCCAUAGGUUUCCCUGCAGUCCCCCAUCUCUGGAAGAAGGAUUCUCCAUGCUGAAACCUCUCAGGUGGAGUUUUCCCAAGUCCUAGACCACUUCCAAGGGGACUUGGGGUGAGCUGAGAUCCAUGAGCAGCCAUCUCGCAUCCUCCUCAGCUCUCCUGCUCAUCCCUGCUGGAAAGGAUUUGGCAUUUAGGCUCCAGUCUCUCAGCUCGGCUGAACCAUGUGUGCAAAGAUGCUUAAACUUGUCCUUCUCCUUACAGCUGGCCUUGCUGAACUUCUUCCACCCCGAGGAGAAGCUGCACGUUGGAGAAGAAGGGAGACGCGUCCGUCGGAAUAAAAGGAGUAAAGGCAGCGAAGGGCCCGACGGUCCAAGUUCAGUGAAAAACAAGAAAAAGGGUAAAAAGGCUGGUCCUCCAGGGCCCAACGGUCCCCAAGGGCCACCAGGGCCUCCCGGGCCGCAGGGUCCCCCCGGCAUUCCCGGCAUCCCCGGGAUUCCAGGCACCACCGUCAUGGGCCCGCCCGGGCCCCCCGGCCCGCCCGGCCCUCAGGGACCGCCCGGCCUGCAGGGCCCCUCAGGUGCCACAGACAAGGCCAGUUCCAGAGACAUCCAGCCAGCUGUGGUCCAUCUCCAAGGCCAAGGCUCAGCAAUCCAAGUGAAGAAUGAUCUUUCAGGUGGAGUCCUCAAUGACUGGUCUCGCAUCACUCUGAACCCCAAGGUGUUUAAGCUGCAUGCCCGCAGUGGGGAGCUGGAGGUACUGGUGGACGGCACAUACUUCAUCUAUAGUCAGGUAGAAGUCUACUACAUCAACUUCACCGAUUUUGCCAGCUACGAGGUGGUGGUGGACGAGAAGCCCUUUCUGCAAUGCACUCGCAGCAUCGAGACCGGCAAGACCAACUUCAACACCUGCUACACGGCCGGGGUGUGCCUGCUCAAGGCCAGGCAGAAGAUCGCCGUGAAGAUGGUCCACGCUGACAUCUCCAUCAACAUGAGCAAGCACACGACUUUCUUUGGGGCCAUCCGCCUGGGAGAUGCUCCCGCAUCCUAGAGAGGAACUUGGCGUGGCCAAGGACACCCACGGAACUGCCCAGUGCUGCUGUUCAUAAAGCGUAUCAGUAUUUCAGGGGUUCUGUAAUCCGGCCAUAAAGGAAACUGAUCCAGAGCUAUUUAUUCCUAUAUGUGAAUGCAGGAAGCACAAUUGUCCUCUGUGACUCGCGGGGAGACUCGGAUCAAACCAAAAAGCUGGUGGGGAGAGCGUUGUGAGGAGGAAAGGCUGUUGGGUGUGCCUUGUCUCAGUAUUUCAAGUAUUACUGCACUGAUACUCUGCUCUGUGACCUUCACACGAGGCUUGCUGGGAGAGCUGGGGGCUCUGCUCGGAUGUUGGCACUGGCAAGAGCAUCCCAGGCAGGAGCGGGAGGACACGGACUCCUGUCCCAAAAUCCCAGCCAGGCUGCUGCAUGUGCACGCUCACGACAGCCAGGAAGGGGGUUCUGGCUUCCUGCCUUCCCAGGGGGAGCUGGAAGGGCUGGGGGGCGAGGGAGGUGAGUGAGACAGGGUCAGUGGUGUUUACAUUCAUCCUCAGGAGGAGGAGGAAAAGUGCCUCGACCUAGAGCUUGGAAGCAAAAGCAGGAAGUGCGAGAGGAAGAGGAAUAACUAGAGCAGGCUUAGCAGAUAGGAAACUGCCUCCACAUUCCAGAAACCACCAAAUCCCAAAGAAAACGCCAAUUCCCGGGUCCAGGCCUCUGCUCCUUUCAGCUCCUGCCCUUACCCCAGAGGUAACCUUGCCCCAGCGGGGGCUGCCUUCAAGUACUGCUGCUGUUACAGCAAGUUGAGUUGGGUUAGGGGUAUUUUUGUUUUGUUUUUUUUGUUUGGUUUGGUUGUUUUUGGUUGUUUUUUUUUUUUUUUUGCAGGGGGGGAGGUUUGUUUUGUUCUUUUUAAUUAAUAUUUUGCAAACCAGAACACAUUUCUACAGGCUUCACCGAGCCACGUAGAGCAGCCACAAGUACUUGUGACAACACUCGGAGGAAGUUUGUUAUGUUUAAGAAUAAAAUAUUCAAACAGGAAA